AUGGUUUGGGGGGUUGAAAGAUUUUCCAACUAUCUGAUGAGUAAGACAUUUAAGAUUCGAACAGAUGCCAAAUCACAUGAGUUUAUUUUUGGCGGCAUGCAUCGAAUCGGCAAAAGAUCUGUUUCGAGAGCAGAAGCGUGGGCACUCCGUCUACAGUCGUACGAUUUUUCCGUUGAAAGUAUCCCAGGGAAUAUGAACAUCGCGGAUGCGCUUUCCAGAUUGGUGAUUGCCAGUGAACCGAUCGAAUCAUUCGAUGAUUCUUCUGAAGGACAUCUACUUUUCGUCUUGGAUUCAGGAAAUAUGGGAAUGAACUGGAAUGAAAUUGAGUUAGAAGCGGAAAAGGAUAAGGAACAGAAUGAGAUUCGAGAAUCUUUGAAGCAAGGAAUAUGGAAAAAAGAACUGAGGGCAUACGAAUGCCAUGCUAAGUAUUUCCGUUUAAUGGGUGCUUUAAUUUUCAAAAAUGAUCGGGUUUUAUUACCACAUAAAUUGCGAUCAAGAGCACUCGAACUAGCACAUCAAGGUCACAUGGGAGCAGCGUCAAUGAAACGAAUUUUGAGGAAUCACUUCUGGUGGCCGCGAUUAAACGCGGAGGUUCAGAAGUACAUAGAAUGCUGCGAAACAUGUUUAAGACUUUCAAAGAAAAAUGCUCCACUUCCGUUGACGACUAGAGAGUUACCGGAAGGCCCGUGGGAAAUCCUACAAAUAGAUUUUUUCUCAGAUAAUGAUUUUGGCUACGGAGAAUUUCUGGUUGUAGUAGAUACCUACUCAAGGUACAUCCAUGUUAUUGAAGUAAAAAAGAUCGACGCAGAUACAACAAACGCUGCUCUGGCCAAAAUAUUCGAAGUUUGGGGGUACCCUCUUGCGAUACAGAGUGACAACGGGCCACCAUUCCAGAGCGACACAUUCAUUAAGACGUGGGAAAAUAAGGGCAUCAAGAUUCGCAAAUCCAUACCCUUGAGUGCUCAAUCCAAUGGUGCGGUAGAAAGGCAGAAUAGCGGCAUUAAAAAGGCUUUGGCGGCUGCUCGAUUGGACAAUGUGCAUUGGAGAACUGCGCUGAAGAAUUAUGUCCAUGCACAUAAUAAAGUACGCCCCCUAUCUCGUCUGGGAGUUACCCCAUUUGAAUUGUUAGUAGGCUGGAAAUGUCGCGGUACCUUUCCUUGUCUUUGGGAAACUAAAUCUUCCGACUCAUUAGACCGCAUCGACAUUCGAGAAAAGGACGCGGUCUCGAAAUUGCAAAGUAAGAAGUAUGCCGACAUACGUAGAGGAACUAAGGAUUCUCACAUCAAAGCAGGGGACACGGUCUUAGUGGCAACACAUAAGAAACAUAAAUCAGACCCAACAUUUUCGGAGGAAAGAUUCACAAUAUUGGCUAGAGAUGGAGCAAAAGUUGUUGUUCGAAGCGAGCGUGGUGUUCAGUAUUCCCGCAAUGUCCAAGACGUUAAGAAAGUGCCUGAACAUCUGGAAGAGUUUGCUGAUAACAUUACUCAAGGAGGACAUGUUGUGAGAACAAAUAACACUGAAUUUGACGAUGAGCUUGAGCAUUCAGAAAUCGAACUUGAUAAUGCUGUAAAAGUAGGGGAUGAUAAAAUUAAUCGCCCAAGACGUAAAAUAAGGAAACCAUCUGUUUGUAACAGCGCGGAGAAAGCCAUUCCAACAUCGAACGCCUUAGUGGACGGACAACCCAGCAGCAGUAGUACACAAUCCAACCAACCCAGCAGCAGCAGAGGCGAAGCAGUACGCCACCCAGCCAAUCCAACAGAAGGCAAGCGAACGGGCCGAUUCGCGCGUAGCAAGCGCGUCAACGGGUUGCCACUAGCAACCACAGCGAAGCAAUACACCAUCCAACCUACCCAGCAGCAGCAGAGGCGAAGCAGUACACCACCUAGCCAAUCUAGCGGAAGGCGAGUGAACGAGCCGAUUCGCGCGUAG